CAAAGCUGUAGAUUUGUCUCUGUCUCUCUCUCACUGCUGCUCUCUCUCAUUCAUUCCUACACAUAGGCUCACACACCUCCUCUCUCCUUUCUUUCUCUCUCUCAGAAUGAUGAUUCUGGGUACAGCUUUUGGUAUGGUUUUCUAUUUACUUCAAGCCGUUUCUGGAGAAAGUGGCUAUGCACAGAAUGGAGAGUUUGAAGAUGCCGAACUGGAUGACUAUUCAUUCUCUUGCUACAGUCAGUUGGAAGUGGAUGGAACCCAGCACUUGCUGACCUGUGCUUUUGAUGACCCCGACGUCAAUAUCACCAAUCUGGAACUUGAAAUAUGUGGAGCCCUUUUGAAUGUAAAAUGCCUGACUUUUGAUAAACUGCAUGAGAUGUAUUUCAUUAAGACAAAGAAAUUCUUACUCAUUGGAGACAGCCUAAUACAUGUGAAACUUGGAGGAAAGAACAUAACUUCCAAGAAAUUGAACAUAGUCAAAAUAGUUAAACCUGAGGCUCCUUUUGACAUAAGAGUCAUCUAUCGCGAGGGAGCAAAUGACUUUCUGGUGACAUUUAACACAUCUCAUUCACAGAAGAAGUAUGUGAAAGAAUUAAUGCAUGAAGUGGCCUAUCGCCAGGAAAAAAAUGAAAAUGACUGGAUGCAUGUGAACAUAUCCAGUACAAAGCUGACACUCCUACAGAGAAAACUACAACCUGAUGCAAUGUAUGAGAUUAAAGUCCGGUCCAUCCCUAAUGCCAACUAUUUUCAAGGCUUCUGGAGUGAAUGGAGUCCAACCUUCCACUUCAGAACACCAGAGAUCACAGGGAGGAUGGAUCCUGUUUUACUAACUAUUAGCAUUCUGAGUUUCUUCUUUGUGGCUCUGAUGGUCAUCUUGGCCUGUGCAUUAUGGAAAAAAAGAAUUAAACCCAUUGUGUGGCCCAGCCUCCCCGAUCAUAAGAAGACUCUGGAACAACUUUGCAAGAAACCCAAAAAGAAUUUGAAUGUGAGUUUCAACCCUGAAAGCUUCCUGGACUGCCAGAUUCAUAAGGUGGAUGGCAUUCAAGCUAGAGAUGAAGCAGAGAGCUUUCUGCAAGACACUUCUUCUCCACAACUCGAUGAGACUGAAAAGCAAAGGCUUCGAGGGGGUAUGCAGGGCCCCACCUGGCCAUCAGAGCAUGCAGUCAUCACCCCAAAAACCUUCAGAGGAGAUUCACCCUUCGGAAGCCUGGCUGGAAGCAUCAGUAUGUGUGAGGCUCUUGUGCAACCUUCUUCCAGGUCCCCAGACUACAGGGAAGGUGGCAAGAAUGGGCCUCAUAUGUACCAGGGCCUGCUGCUUGGGUCUGGAACUACAAAUAGCACCAUGCCCACUCCAUUUCCUUUCCAGCCAGGAAUCCUGACACUGAACCCAGCUGUCCGGGGACAGCCUGGGCUCACUUCCUUGGGAUCAAGUCAGGAAGAAGCAUAUGUCACCAUGUCCAGCUUCUACCAAAACCAGUGAAUUGUCAGAAAUGCAGGACUGGAACCAUGAAGACCAAGAUGACUGAACUCCUACUUACUUUCCCUCCUAGGACAAAGAAGACAAAAUUAAUGCCAGCCCUCUGUAUAAUCUACAGGAUUCAGAAACAUAGCUUGGGCCACUCUUCCCCACUCCAAGAUCAUUUGGUUUGAGGCAGGAGCACUCUGCUGCAGGCAACACAAAUUAUUCCAUUAUUUCAGAAAGAAAAAGAAGCAGGAAAGAAUGAAAGAAAGGGUAGAGGAGAGGGGAAAGGGGGGUGUACGGCAGGAAGAAGGCAAGGGCAGACAGAGGGAAAGGAGAACAUGGAUGAUAUCUUCCAUUACUAGGACUCACUGUGUGUCCUGUGCUCUACACAUCUUGUCUCCCUGCAUCCUCAUGGUAAUCCCGGGCACUGGCUCAAUUUUUAUUGUUAUUAUUAUUAUUAUUCUCUUUUCUAAUGGAUAAUGCAACUGAGGCUUGGAGGCCUUAAGUAACUUGUCCAUUUUGUUCCCCCUCAGCAUAGGGUCUGAUGGUUGGCAUCUAACCGUGCCCACCGCCCCUCAAGCCAUGUACCUUCUCCUUGAUUAGGGGUCGUUCCAUUUACAAGUGCCAGACUUCAAUAAUAUGGAACAGGAUUACUAUAUAAUUUAUUGUCCAAAUUGGGUCAUUUUGAAAGUGAAAGGGGAAGUUAUAAAUACUCAUUCCAGGACAAGCAGCAUAAGCCAGGAGUUUCCCAGACACAUGGGGACAAGGCCACCAAAAAAAAAAAAAAAAAAAAGGCUAAGAGAAAGAAAGGGUGAUGUAGUAUGUGAACUACCAUGGCUAGCCACGUCUAUGAAAACCAAAUAAGGCAAGAAAAAGCCACAAAUGCCACUUGACUUUGUUUUUCUGAAAAAGGAGAAGCCCAAAAUUUCUACUAUUAGUUAUCAAACACAUGAUUCUCUUGCUACCACCACCCAGCUGCAUCCAUUGACAACAGAAGAAUCUGUUACCAGCUCUGGAUACAGGUGCAUUUGAGCAAUAAACCAAGAAUAACCUUU